UAGCCCUGAAGAAAAAUAGUCACGUGACCCAUGAAUUCAUCGUAGUGUGUUGGUAGACCGACAAGUUCCUUCUUUCCAAAACUGAUAAUGGCGCCGACGGUCCAGAAAAAAGAGAAGACGGUCAAGGGACUGCCCGCCGUACCGGAAUCAGUCCUUAAGCACCGCAAAAGACGUGAGCAGUCCCGUCAAAAGCGUAUUCAAUCUGACAUCAAGAAAAAGGCUGAACAAAUCAAGAAACGUAAGGAUAUUUUCAAACGUGCCGAACAAUAUGUAAAAGAAUACAGAUUGAAGGAACGUGAUGAAAUCAGGCUGUUCCGUCAAGCUAAAACACUGGGUAACUUCUAUGUGCCCCCAGAAGCAAAAUUGGCCUUUGUUAUCCGUAUUAAGGGUAUCAACAAAGUAGCCCCUAAAGUACGUAAAGUACUCAAGCUCUUCAGGCUCUUGCAAAUUAACAAUGGAGUAUUUGUAAAACUCAACAAGGCCACCAUCAACAUGUUGAGAAUUUGUGAGCCAUACAUUACAUGGGGUUACCCUAACCUCAAGUCUGUCAGAGAGCUCAUCUACAAGAGAGGAUUUGCUAAAGUUAAUGGACAGCGUAUUCCAAUCAGUAGCAAUGAUAUCAUUGAAAACAGAUUGGGAAAAUCUGAUGUAAUCUGUGUUGAAGAUGUAAUCCACGAAAUUUUCACUGUUGGACCUAACUUCAAACAAGUUUCAAACUUCCUCUGGCCCUUCAAGCUCAACACCCCAACUGGUGGAUGGCGCAAGAAGACCAACCACUAUGUAGAAGGUGGUGACUUUGGUAACAGGGAAGACAAAAUUAACGAACUUCUCAGAAGGAUGGUUUAAAUCAGUGUAUCUUUGAUUACAUAAAAUAUAAAUAAUAAAAAAUUGA